AUGAAACUAGUAUUAUUUUCUCUGAUAAUUUUCUUCUUGGCAAUGCUCGUCGAUGCCAAACCCGGAGAGAGACGAAUAGACGAAGACGAAAACUAUUGGCAAUAUCAAGACAUUCGAAGGGCCCUCGAAAACACCGAUAGAAAAUUUUGGAUGCUGUAUCGAACAUUAAGGAGAACGGACCGUGCUAACGAGUGCGUGUACACAGAAGUGAAAACACAAAAAACAGAAGACAAUGCUUUCGAAUUUGUGCAGGGAUAUAUAAAGGAAGACGGAACCAAUGUGGAAGAAACGUUAUUGGCAUUUCCUUAUGUGACGGAGUCCGCAGGACACAAGAAACGUGAAAAAGAAAAUGCAAUGCUUGUAAAAAAAAAGGAAGAUGCUCAAAAUGGAAAACGAUACCAGCUCAUUUACUCUGACUUUAAGUGUUGCGACAUAUUAAGAGUCUUGGACGAGGAAAAUGGAGCCGCUUGUGAGCUCUACCUUCAUGACAAGUGCGUUAGUCAGUCUGUACCUAGACAGUGUGAAUCUAUAUAUAAGAAUGCUUGCGGAAAAACUGACGACUUUAAGAAUCAAGUGUAUAACAACAGCUGCAAGAAUACGACCCAGGACACCACGAAACCUUCUACAGAGGCGCCCGAACCUGGAAAGACGCCAAAAGAACCUCCACCAGAUGAUGAUGAUGAUGAUGAUUAUCCAGUUUAUACGACUACCACAAGACUUCCCCGUAGCUGCUAAUACAGUGAUGGCUU